UCUUGUAUAUAUUUCAACAGUGAAUACUGACUCAACUGCUGCGUGUCAAAUGCACCAUCCCCCCUUCAUUAAAUAAUCUCAUCUGCCACCAAAUUUCCCAUGCAUCCUCCUCUUUAAACACCCCCCAUCUUCCUCCCCCAAUUAAUCCCAACCACCACCACCACCACCAUGGCUCCGCCGCCGCCACCGCCGGAAUAUUCCCAAUCAGUAAAACUCAAGUACGUAAAACUCGGCUACCACUACCUCAUCAACCACUUCCUCCUCUUCCUCCUCCUCCCAAUCACACUCUCCCUCACCAUCGAAGCCCUCCGCACAACCCCACAAGAGCUCCAAACCCUCUGCAACUCAAUCAAACUAACCCUAAUCCACGUCAUCUCUUCCCUCUUCCUCGUCAUCUACAUCUCCACUUACUACAUCAUGUCCAGGCCCCGACCGGUCUACCUCGUCGACCACGCCCUGUUCAAACCUCCGGCGAGCUUCCGCGUCUCCUUCGCCGGAUUCAUGGAGCACGCCAGAAUGGCCCCCUUCAGCGAGCCCAGAAGCGUCCACUUCCAGAUGAAGAUCCUCGAGCGCUCCGGCCUCGGCGAGCAGACCUCCCUCCCGCCGGCGAUCCGCUACAUCCCGCCGUCGCCGAACAUGAACCUCGCCAGGGAGGAGGCGGAGCUCGUGAUCUUCACGUGCAUGGAUUCCCUCAUCCGGAAAACCGGCGUCGAGCCGAAAGACGUCGAUAUACUGGUCCUGAACUGCAGCCUGUUUUCUCCGACGCCGUCGUUGACGGCGAUGGUGGUUAAUAAGUACGGGAUGAGGAGCAAUGUCAAGAGCUUUAAUCUCUCCGGCAUGGGAUGCAGCGCCGGCUUGAUCUCCAUUGAUUUGGCUAAAGAUCUUCUGCAGCACCACCCUAAUUCGAACGCCGUCGUUAUCAGCACUGAAAUUCUCACGCCAAACAGCUACAUGGGUAAAGAACGAGCCAUGCUCCUCCCCAACUGCCUCUUCAGAAUGGGCGGCGCCGCCGUUCUUCUUUCCAACCGCCGCUCCGACCGCCGCCGCGCCAAGUACCGCCUCGCCCACGUCGUCAGAACCCAUAAAGGAGCCGACGACAAAUCAUACAGGUGUGUAUCCCAAGAGGAAGAUUCAGAAGGAAAUGUAGGGAUAAAGCUAAACAUCGAUCUAAUGGCGAUCGCCGGAGAAGCUCUGAAAUCCAACAUCACCACCAUGGGGCCGCUAGUUCUCCCGGCGUCGGAGCAGCUUCUGUUUGCGCUCUCAUUCAUCGGAAGAAAAAUGAUAAACUCAAAGUGGAAGCAGUACAUACCGGACUUCAAGCAGGCGUUCGACCACUUCUGCAUCCACGCCGGAGGAAGGGCGGUGAUAGACGAGCUGCAGAGGAGCCUCCGUCUGACGGCGGAGCAGGUGGAGGCGUCGAGGAUGAGUCUUCACAGGUUCGGGAACACUUCAUCUUCUUCGCUGUGGUACGAACUGAGUUACAUUGAGUCGAAGGGGAGGAUGAAGAGAGGGGACAGAGUGUGGCAGAUUGCGUUUGGGAGUGGGUUUAAGUGUAACAGUGCGGUGUGGAAGUGCAAUCGGACGGUGGAUCCUACGGCGGAGGACGGCGGCCCUUGGGCGGAUUGUAUUGACAACUACCCGGUUUAUAUUCCUGAAGUUGUCAAGCUUUAAUUAUGUUUUAUUUAUUUAUUUAUUAUUAUUAUUUCGAGCAAUAAAACAUGCACUCUGAAAGAAAAGUGCAACUUUGUAUAAUUGUUUGCAUUUAAGGCCUUCUUUUGAGAAAAUUCGAUGACACGCAGAUUGAUGGCACGUGUACUGUUAAUAAAAAUAAGGGUAAAUAACAAUCGUUCCUUCCUGAGGUAUGAUCAAUUUAUGAAAAAAUCCCUCUUAUUUGGAUAAUUAUAUUUA